CAGCAUGGCCAUAUCCACAUUGGUUCUCUUUACUUUUUUUAUGGCAUUCUAAUUCUUUCAGUUUUUUCGAACUUCAACGAUCAUUUCAUGGACACUCUUUGCCACACUGAACGCAGAAUAACACAAUGGGUUUCGGUUUUGGUUUUAGACUAAACCUCAGGCUCAGAUAUAGUGCCCCUGUUCACUCUCCUCAUUCCUUCACCAAUUCACCUAUCUGGCUUUCUUCAUCUUCUGGUGGAGGCAGGGAAACUUCUUUCAAUUCAACGAGGUUAACCCUGGAUAAUGAUUUAUUAGAAAGAGAAGAAACGAAGGUAAACAAAGGAAUGAGGUUGCUGAGUAGCGUAGAUGAAAUGAUUGGUAAUACCCAAAUGUCUUUUGGGGAGGAUUUAUCUGCAAUCUCUACAAAGUUUCAGUCUUUCAGGGCACAGCAUUUUCGUUUGUUAAUGGAUAAUCUAAGUGUUUUAGAAGAGACUUUUGCUGAUUCUGAAGCACUGAGUUUGGAAAAGGAUAUUAUAUUGCAACUAGAAAAGCUUGGAGCUCUCAAGUUAUUCAACGUUUGUCUUUCAAGAUCUUUUGGAACUUCCUCACUUGUAUUGGACUACACUGAUGAGCAUGUUGGAGAGAGUAAGAGAAACUGCAAAGUAGUUGAUUACAUGGAUAAAGUAGUUGUUCCUUCUAGCAAGAAAAAGGAAAAUAAAACAAGAAGAAAGAGAGCAUUUAUUGCCACAGAAGUUUCCUCUCAAACAUUGCCUUUGAAAGCUAAUCAAGAAGAUCUAUUACCUUUCCCAGCUUCAUUUGUAAAAGGAGCAUCAAAUGCUAAAAAUAGAAGAACGAUGAUUGCUAGAAGGGAGGUGGAAAUGUCAAAAGCCGUAAAGGUGGUAGCAGAGUUAGAGAAAAUUAGAACAGCUAUAGAAAAUGAUACAAAGCAAGUAGCAAGCUUGAGUAGCUGGGCAGAAGCAUGUGGAGUUGAUGAGAAGGUGCUGCAGCAGCAAUUGCAUCAUGGUCGUUGUUGUCGCGAUGAGCUCAUUCGGAGUACUCGUUCUUUAGUCCUAUACAUUGCCAGGAAAUACAGGGGUUCGGGAAUAGCAUUGGAAGAUUUGCUUCAGGCAGGAAAUGUAGGUGUUCUCCAAGGAGCAGAGAGAUUUGACAGUACAAGGGGCUACAGAUUCUCAACCUAUGUGCAGUACUGGAUAAGGAAAUCAAUGUCGAGAAUGGUGGAACGAUAUGCUCGAGGAAUAAUAAUUCCUUGGUCAUUGAGCAGGGCAUUAAGUCAGAUCCUGAAAGCACGAAAAGCAAUGAAAAGUACAUCCAUGAAAUGCCCAGAUGAUUAUGAAAUCGCAAAGAUGACAGGUCUUUCACUGAAUAAAAUCAGAGCAGCUAGCAAUUGUCGGAGAAUAGUUGCCUCAAUUGAUCAGAAAACUGGGGACUACUUUAGUGUAGAAUACAUGGUUUCAAGCCCUAAAGAAUCCAGAGCUGUAAUAGUUUUCCAUGCAUGUUUCUUUUUUCUUUUGUUUUUUUUUCAUAUCCAUUGACAGUCUCAUAAAACAUACAACCUUCUUAUUUGGGUAGCAGGGCAGCAAAUUAUUAUCAAGUUUUCAUGUUGCAGUUUUUAUGCAAUCGGUUAUAUGAUGUGGCGACUUUAAAAGCCUAUAUAGAAAUACUAGUCUCAUGAACAAUUAUCCUGUAAAUAUUAUUAUCAGGUAUAUAUAAGCUGUUUUGUGGCAUUAAUUGAUGCUGCAGGAACUAAUGCCGGAUUCGUUAAUAGAGAGUCCUGAAGAAGCUGUCAUGAAGCAGCACAUGAGAAAAGACAUAUAUGAUCUCCUGAAAGGCUUGGACUCGAGGGAGAGGCAAAUACUAACCCUACGCUUUGGUCUUA